AUAGGUAUACAGCUGGUCGUUACCAUGGUGAUGGCCAGUGUUAUGCAGAAGAUUAUACCUCACUAUUCUCUUGCUCGAUGGCUACUCUGUAAUGGCAGCUCAGCAAUGCAAGCUACCAACUUUGGACUCAAUGUGGCCUCUCCAGUGGCGGUGGAUCUCAUCGUAUCUGUCGUAUUUGGUCUGGAUAGCUUCUACCAUCUUAGCCAGAGCUCCUUUGUCUUCCAAGUCAAUUUAUGUGUAGGGAAUGGUGGUGCAGGUCUUCCUGUGGACUAGAUGCCCUAGCCUGGCCUUCUCCUUGAUAACAUAGUAGGGAACCCCCAUCUUACGGCAUAAGGCAGGCAGGAAGACAGUCAGUUUGAUGGGAUCCACAAUGUAUGCGAUCACUACCAGCUGGGCCUUCUGUUCUCCACCAGGGUGGUGACAGUGUUAACCCCUGCUUGAAGGACAGGUGGCUUCUUGGUGGGGACCAUACCCUUUGCUUUUUUCUCAGCCCAGGCCAACAGUCUCUGCUGCUUCUCUUGCUUUGUCUCUGGUCUGUAAUUGUGGGCCAACUUAAGCAGUUGAGUAGCUGUUUGGCAGUGCAUAGUCCACGGCCUGGGUGAAUUGAUUAAUGGCAGGAGACACUUUUCAGAUGCAUAGAGAGAACAGCUCUUUGCCUCUAGCUGCAGCUGAAUGUAGCAGAGCCAUUUGACAAAGCAGUUUACGAUGGUAUCAACAUCCUACGGAAGAAGAAUUAAGAAUACUUGCAGGGAAGCAGCAAAAAGGGAAAAGCAAAAAAGAUAGGAAAUAUAAUGGUCACAUUGAAAGUAAACCACUAACCAUUCCAAAGGACAUUGACCUCCAUCUAGAAACAAAGUCAGUUACAGAAGUGGAUACUUUUGCAUUGCAUUACUUUCCAGAAUACCAGUGGCUGGUGGAUUUCACAGUGGCUGCUACAGUUGUGUAUCUAGUAACUGAAAUCUACUACAAUUGUAUGAAGCCCACACAGGAAAUGAAUAUUAGCUUAGUCUGGUGCCUGCUUGUUUUGUCUUUUGCAAUUAAAAGAUGGUGGUGAAAGAUCAGUCUGUGUCACCUUUGGAUUUUUUUUCUUCGUGAAAGCAAUGGCGGUCUUGAUUGUAACAGAAAACUAUCUGGAAUUUGGACUCGAAACAGGAUUUACAAAUUUUUCAGACAGUGCCAUGCAGUUUCUUGAAAAGCAAGGUUUAGAAUCUCAGGGUCCUGUUUCAAAACUUACUUUCAAAUUUUUCCUGGCUAUUUUCUGUUCACUCAUUGGGGCUUUUUUGACAUUUCCUGGAUUACGGCUGGCUCAAAUGCAUCUGGAUGCCCUGAAUUUGGCAACAGAAAAAAUUACACAAACAUUACUUCAUAUCAACUUCUUGGCACCUUUAUUUAUGGUUCUGCUGUGGGUAAAACCAAUCACCAAAGACUACAUUAUGAACCCACCAUUGGGUAAAGAAAGUAUCCCUUUAAUGACAGAAGCUACUUUUGAUACUCUGCGACUCUGGUUAAUAAUCCUGCUGUGUGCUUUGCGGUUGGCCAUGAUGCGUAGUCACCUGCAAGCUUACUUAAACUUAGCCCAGAAAUGUGUGGAUCAGAUGAAGAAAGAAGCAGGGCGAAUCAGUACGGUUGAGCUACAGAAAAUGGUGACCCGAGUCUUUUAUUACCUUUGUGUCAUUGCACUGCAGUACGUGGCCCCUCUGGUGAUGCUGCUUCACACAACUCUGCUUUUGAAAACGCUAGGUAAUCAUUCCUGGGGUAUUUAUCCAGAAUCUAUCUCUACCUUGCCAGUGGAUAAUAGUCUACCAUCCAAUUCUGUUUACUCUGAAUUACCAUCUGCUGAUGGGAAGAUGAAGGUAACUGUUACACAAAUAACAGUGGCACUGAGCAGCUUAAAAAACAUUUUCACUCCUCUGCUCUUUCGAGGACUUCUGUCUUUUCUAACCUGGUGGAUUGCUGCUUGUCUCUUUUCUACAAGCCUUUUUGGGCUUUUCUAUCACCAGUAUCUCACUGUGGCAUGAAUCUCAGUUAACAAAAAAGGAUGUCCGCGUCACACUUUGGAUUCAACUAUUUGUGCCCUUGAAGGGCUGACUAAAACCAGAAGAAAGCAAAUACAAAGGAAAAAAGAAACAUAUCAGAAUAUCAUGUUUGAAGUGCGUCCUCUGUAUUCUCAGGGUGAAUUAAUGGUAUAAUAUGUAAAAUUACAGAGCAGAUUGUCAAGUGCUAUACUGUGGCAUUGGAAUUUUAACUCCUUGUAUUAACUGAUGUGAGAGGGCUAUCUACAAGGAUAAUACUUCUGAUUACCUUGGUUUACAGAAACCUCUGAAACAGUCUUUGAAACAUUUCAUAUGACUCCAGUUAUUGAUUGCUGUUCAUGGUAUUAAGUUACUGUUAAUAUUCAUGUGGCUGCCUGUACAACACUCUUCAAUCUGAGCCAUGUUUUAGAGGAGGUAAAGGAGCUAAAGUUGCUUCUGUUGGUAAUACAUUAGCCACUCUUCAAACAACAACAACAACAGAAAAUCCAACAGAAAAUAAGAAAUAGCUACUGUAUAUUACAGUAAAGAAGCUGCAUAGUAGUUUUAAAUUUAAUGGAGAUGUACAUGCUUAAUAUCUACAAGUACUGCUGCUUGAGAGUAGCAAGAGUAUUGUUUUAAAAUGUGUUCUAUCCAACUUGAGGGAUCUUUUGAAAUGACUGGUUAUAUGAACAUUUGCAACCUUGCUGUAGUUAGGUUUGGGCCUUUCAUAUUUUAUUUUAUGAUCCUAAAUAGUUCUUUUUAAUGAUCUAAAAAUAUUUAUCAAUAUUGAUCAGACUUUUAAAAAAUUACUUUGUAAUCCUGCUGACUACCUGUAUGUAUUGUAUAUAUUAUAUAUUAAAUAUAUAAUAUAUUGAGAUUAUAAAAGAUGAAAAUAUUGGAUCCUUAUAAUAUUUUAAGUUGCUGAAUGUAUGUUAAAACAUUAUUGAAUGAGAUGUAUUUGUAUCUAGAAAUUUUCUUUCUUUUUGGAAUGAGAUUAAAGUACAUUUUGAAAAUUUAUUAGAGCAAGCAGUUUAUUUGUGUUGCCUAUGUGAGAAUAGUUAUAGUUUAUAAAUACUUAGAUGAUUUCUCCCAAAUGGAAAUUUUUUUUGUCAUUUUCAAAAAAUCAGAAUUUUUCUCACGAUAAACAAAUCUAUAGUUAUCAUUUA